UUGGACUAUGUAUUACACAGGAAAUGAUAUUAUGUGAAGGUAAACAUUGGUCCACGAAGAUGAUUAUUGAGGAAAAACAACAAUGAACGAAGACAGAAAUGAGGGAAAGAAAAAAGAAAGUUGUGCCCUAUAUGUAGAUGUAAAAUCAUCACAAUGGCCUAUUAUCUACUCACCUGAGUAUAACAUUGGAUUCCUGGGCCUAGAGAAGCUUCAUCCCUUUGAUGCUGGAAAAUGGGGGAAAGUGUAUCAAUUUUUAAAAGACCAUGGGAUGAUUCGAGAUGACACCACAGUGAGACCACGAGAGGCAUCAGAAGACGACUUGUUGGUUGUUCAUACCAAGCAGUACAUCAAUGACCUUAAACUCACUAACAUUGUGGAGGGGAUAGAGGAGUGGAGUGUCAAUGUGGCCAGUAUCACAGAGGUGCCUCCAGUGGCCCUCAUCCCAAACUUCAUUGUCCAACGUAAAGUUCUGCGGCCUUUCCGCUACCAAACAGGUGGAACGAUAUUGGCUGGAAAACUUGCCAUGGACCGAGGAUGGGCACUCAAUAUAGGGGGCGGGUUCCACCACUGUAGUUCGACCCGAGGGGGCGGGUUCUGUGCCUAUGCUGACCUCACUCUCUCCGUCAAGUUCUUGUUUGAUAAGGUGGAGGAUGUCUCCAAGGUCAUGAUUGUAGACCUUGAUGCUCAUCAGGGUAAUGGACAUGAGAGAGAUUUCAUGACAGACGACCGAGUCUAUAUUAUGGACGUUUACAACAGAGGAAUUUACCCACACGACGGAUUCGCAAAACGAGCAAUCAAAAAGAAGGUAGAACUGCAGCAUUUUACAGAGGAUGUGACAUAUCUCGGUCUGGUAGAUAGAAACAUGGAGCAGGCACUGAAUGAGUUCACUCCAGACAUCAUAGUGUACAAUGCUGGAACCGAUAUCCUGGAAGGGGACCCCCUCGGCAACCUGUCCAUCACAGCAGAGGGAAUCAUUGAGAGAGACCAGAUAGUAUUUACAAAGGCACACUCCCGUGGAAUUCCUAUCAUGAUGGUGACGAGCGGGGGCUAUCAGAAAACCACGGCGCGCAUUAUAGCUAACUCAAUCAUCAACCUGAGGCAGAAAAAUCUGAUUGGUUGUGAUGCUGCCGAACAGGAGCCUGUUCCUAGAACAGAAAUCCGUUCAAGCCUUCCACGGAGCCAGAGUGAGGGUUUUUUGGCUCGUUUUAAACGAACAUGCUUAUCAACAUCAACAUCUACAACAACUCAAGAUCUGACAAAGUUAGAUACAAGUCCAGACGUUCAAAUCCAGGGAAUGGGAUCUAUUAAAGACCUUGGAUAUAUUUGACCCCAGCUGGUCAGGCUAGAGUUUCUUAGGGACAGUCCAGGGGUUAAUUUGAACCUGGACAGUAUAAGUUUAUUUGAACCAGGAGUAGUCUUAAUAUUUGACCCUGGAGCGGUCAUUUGACUGGCCCAUUUGACCCCAGGGCAAUUCCCCCACUGCAGGGCAUUCCAGGGAACAUUGGAUCCAGGUACCUGUUAAGGUAUAUCUGAUCACACAACAGGCUGCAGUAUACACAUGACCCUUUAAGUCUUCGAUACACAUCUCACCCAGAUCCUUGAUACAUUUAACCCUGGAGGUUCAUACCAUACCAGAGUAUACCCUGCUUCAAGGGACUGUGGAAUCAAUCGAAAAACAAAGCCUGUGCUUUCCAAGCCUUAUUCCCUAAAAUGAAAAUUUCUUUUUUUUCUCUCCAAUAUUAUAUUCAUUGGCAUGAAACUAAAAUUGAAGUUUUAACAUCAACCAAUAUUAAUUAAAUCCAGGUCUUAGAUAAUGGUUUUGAAUCUUUGAACUUUUAAAUUGAUAAAGAAUUUUGAUAUAGAAAUUGCACAUCUAUUCAAGAAGUUCCUAGGGGGAAAGCCAAGAGUCGUUUAGCUGGUUGAUACAGACUCAGGCAAGCUAAAUAUGCUACAUAUUGCCCUCUGAUUGGAUUUAGAAACAACCUUCAACAUAUUAAUGAGUCCGAUCAGGAUCUUUAUUGAAAAAGAUAGUAAGCUUUUGCUUUUCAUUAAGAUUGUAGGAUAGUGUUGUAAAGAAUAUGAUAAUUUGUAGCAUGUGCGAGAACUCAUAACAUCAUAUUUGGUUUGGCCUAGUUCUACUAAUAGCAAACUGGCAUGAUGUCUUCAAAAUGUUUUUUAAGUUGUAAGUAAUCAGAUUGUCCCUUAGAGAUGGGUUUUAUGUCUUUUUGGUGUUGAUGAGAAUGAAUAUGUCCCUCCAAUUCUCUAGGUAAAUCUAUCAAAGUAGAAUCUAUUUGAUAUCUUUUGUAAUCACCAAGCAGGAGUCAUGCCAACCCACUUGUAUUUUGGGUAGAUAUCCAAGAUGGCUGUCACCUUGACCUUUGAGCUGAUAACCUUGACCACUGGUCAGUCAACCUUUUAAGUUCCAUUGUGUCACAAGAAAAUGUUUACCAGUUAAGAAAUAUACACACAAUUGUACCUUGACCUGUGAACCCAAGACCUAUACCAAGGUUAUAAAAUAUAAUAGCUGUAAAAAUCAAGACCUUGACCUUUGACCCAACAACAUUGAUCGAUUGUGUGAUUACUUCAUGUUAGAAUACCACAAAUGUUAUACGUGUAUAUCAAUUUUGACCUGAUGACCUGGACUUUUGGGCACAAUUCAAUCAAUUUCUACCAACUUUCAUCCAUAAUGUCACAAAAAAUAUUUACCAUUAAGAUACAAAAUUUGAUUUUUCAACCUAUGACCCCGUAUGAAUGAUAUACUGGUGUGAAAGUUCAUUUGCAUAUCUAUAAUUCACAUCAAAUCAUCAUGUAAAGUUUCAUAAGCAUCAGUCUUCAGGACACAAGUCAAAAUAACGUUUGUUGAAUAAAAAAAUAUACACAUAUAUCGCAAGGGUCUAAUGAAUUAAAUGUUAUUGAAAUACAAUGUACCGGUAUGUCCAUUAUAUACAAUAUAAUCAGUCACAAAAUUAAACAUUCCAAACAUAUAUUGUUGUGCUUUCAUUGUUUUUGUCACAUUUCCUUUAAAUCAAUAUUUUCAUAUCAGAUACAGAUCAAUGCGUGCGAGUUGUUCAUUUAUCAUGGUUUUAUGAUCUUUGUCAAUUAGACCAUUAGUUUCCAUUAUUUUUUCUCAUGUGUGUUUGUUACAUGUUUGCUCAUUAUCAUUAUAAGGAUGUGCAUUAUUCUCAUGCUGAAAGUCUGUAUUUCCAGUACUCACAUUAAUUAUGAACUGUUAAAGAUGAAACAAUACAAUACAAUUGUACCUGUAUAACAUGACCAGAAUCCUAUGACCUUUCUUACCGGAAAUAAAACAAGACUAGUAGUGUCCAAUUUCUUUAGGCAAAACUACCAUCAAAGUUGUUGUAUCUGACACUUCUCCAGGUUUUAUUGAUGUCACAGUCCUGUUGUGAACAUUUUGGACAAAAUUGCAGGUCAAAGGUCACAUUACAAUGGCAUGUGUACAAUUCCUAUUAAAUGGUCAUGUCUCAUCCCUCUAUUAUGACAUCAUGAUCUUCAUUUAUGUAUGAGAGGUUGCAUUCAAUGGUCAUUUGACUGCGUUCUUGGUAAGAUGUCCUACAUUUUUGCCUAGACUUUUCAUUGAACAUUUUUUGUACAUUAUUAUUGUGUAUUUGGCAUCACUAAAAGUCAUACUUUCCAAUCCGUUUGUCUAGAAUUCUAUAAAAACUCGAGACAUAAAAAAUAAUCUGUUUCUAAACUGCAUACUAAAUACAUUAACUUGGUAGAGUAUUUAAGUUGUGCUUACGAAGCAGUGUAUGAAGUUUGCGUGGAAUUGGGGAGCAUGACUCAAUAUAAUGAUGGUUCUUAAUGAUAAAGAGUUAUCAUUGACUUUUAAGAUCUAAAAUUGAAUCCAGCACUUUCUCUGAGGAAUUACUUAAUAUAUUAAGUUUUGAGUGGAGUUGAUAUGACAGAGAGCAAGAUAUUCAGUGAAAUUGUCUCAUGUUGUGAUAUGCAACAAAGAUCUUGUUUCUGAUAUUGAUAUUAGUUUCCAGUUUUCAUGCGACACCGAGUAAAACAUAAAGACGAGUAUGAGAAAGCACCAAAUCCAUUCUAGUCUAGUUUAUCAGUGUACCCUCUAGUGCCAUAACAAUCAAUGUUUUACUGUGGUGUGUCAGGAGGUAUGGAUUUAUUGAACAAGCUUAAUGUAUUUUGACUUUUGCAAUAAAAAAAAGAAAUGAU